ACGUUUCCAAAAUUGAAUCGAUGUGAAACUGUUUCCCCACUCUACUUAAUACUGCAAAGAUGCGGCCCACUUUCCUGGCCAUUUUGUGCUUCCUGGCGUGGAAUCCCUGCUCCGAGGCCACCGGCAACCUGAGUCCCGGCGCCGUGGGCGUGCACCGUCGCUUCGAGUACAAGUACUCGUUCAAGCCGCCCUAUCUGGCCCAGAAAGACGGCACCGUGCCGUUUUGGGAGUACGGGGGAAAUGCCAUCGCCAGUUCGGAAAGUGUGCGCGUGGCGCCAUCGCUGCGCUCCCAGAAGGGCGCCAUCUGGACGAAAUCGCAGACGAACUUCGACUGGUGGGACGUGGAGAUUGUGUUCCGGGUGACGGGACGUGGUCGCAUCGGAGCCGAUGGCCUGGCCUUCUGGUACACCACCGAGAAGGGCGACUACAAUGGCCCCGUCUUUGGAUCCUCCGACCGCUGGAACGGUCUGGCCAUCAUGUUCGAUUCCUUCGACAACGACAACAAGCACAAUAAUCCCUACAUCAGUGCCGUGCUCAACGACGGCACCAAGUUGUACGAUCAUGCCAACGAUGGAACCACCCAGCUCCUGAGCGGCUGCCUCCGCGACUUCCGCAACAAGCCCUUCCCCACGCGGGCGCGGAUUGAGUACUACAACAAUGUGCUCACCGUGCUCAUCCACAACGGGAUGACGAACAACAACGAUGACUACGAGCUGUGUCUGCGGGCGGAUGGCGUGAAUCUGCCCAAGAACGGCUACUUUGGCAUCUCGGCCGCCACGGGCGGUCUGGCCGAUGACCACGACGUGUUCCACUUCCUGACCACCUCGCUGCAUGCCGCCGGCCAGGCGCAGGAUCAGCUCAAGGUGGACAACCAGGAGAAGCUGACGCAGGAGUACAAGGAGUACCAGGACAAGCUGGAGAAGCAGAAGCUGGAGUACAAGAAGGAGCAUCCCGACGAGCACAAAGACGACGAGGACUGGGAGGAGUUCUACGAGUCGGAGAACCAGCGUGAGCUGCGUCAGAUCUGGCAGGGUCAGAGCCAGAUAGCCGACCAUCUGCGGGAGCUGUCGCGCAAGGUGGACGAGAUCAUUGGCCGCCAGGAGACCACCUUGUCGCUGGUCUCGCGCAAUGCCGGACAGGCUCUGCCUCCGCCCGCCCCCGCCGCCGGCGGAGUGCCACAGCAACAGCUGCCCGUUGGCGCCGUCAGCAGGACCGAUGUCGAUCUUCUGCUCACCAACCAGAACAUGCUGCUCAGCUCCAUUCGCGAGAUCCGACAACUGGUCGGCGAUAUCAAUGUGCGCACUGAUAACAUUCAAACGAAUCAGAAGCACGCGCCCACAGCACAAAUCCAAUCCACCGGCUAUGAUGUGCAAACGCUCAUCGCCGAGAUGCGCGAUGGCAUGAACCAGGUCAAGCAGGGCAUCACCCACGUGGGCCAGAGAUUGGGAGCGCCACAGGGAGCAGCGCAAGUGGCCAAUUGUCCAACGGGCAACUGCGUUGGAGUCACAUUGUUCCUAAGCAUAACUGUUGUGCAAUUGCUGCUAGUCUUUAUCUACAAUGUCUUCAAAAACCGCAGCGAAGCACAGGCGAAAAAGUUCUAUUAGGCAAAAUCGCGACUCUUUGGGAUCGUAACGAGCAACAAACACACAAGCAUACACCCACACAAAACUCGAGGAAACACAUUCGCACACCUGACUAGGCAGCAACUAAAUUUAGUUAAAAUGAAAGAUUUAAGACUUCUGCGUAGCAUGCUCUACCAUUACGUGAAACUGUUUGUUUUUUAUAAAGCAGUCUGUUAAACAAGUCGGGUUCCGAAUACAAAUUCAAAUCGUUACUUAAUCGAAGAGAGAACAAGAAAUUUGAACAAUGAAUAAGCCUCAUGACAAUGCCACGCAAUACAAAAUGAAGAAACCGUCGAAGAAGCCACAAGACAAACUUCCCCCUAGUAAUAGCCAGCAGAAAUGUUUCUUAUUUCUUUAGCAAGUCAAGUCGAAAGUUUCACUUCAUUCUCAACUCUGCAUAUCAAGUGUGCAGGCAUUUCUAUAAAACAAAUAAAAAUCAAUCUACAAAAAAAAAAAUCGAAAAAAAGAAACUAUAAAUGUAUGAAAAUUCCGUAAACUUAGCUAAUUUGAUAAUAUUGUGUAUACUCUAGAGUCGAGUGGAGUCUUUUUAACUAGGCUCUCUGAAACUGAAUUGGCAACAUAAAUCUUUUUUCCAUUUUCAAGUGCUAUGUAGUCAACAAAGCGAGUUAGCCAGCUUUUUUGUUAUUUAGCCCGAAGGUGAAUUUAUUUAAUAAUUAUGAUGAACUGUCUCACUAAGUUUUUGUUUUGUUCGCAUAUCAUUGGUGCGAUGUAAGGAAGUUUUCUACUGAAUAAUUUUAAUAUACAUACUGAUAAAUUAUAAAAGAAUGGAAGUGAAGUGUGUUUUUAUAUAUGUUGUCCAUUCCAGUCUCGAUAGAAAUGUCUAAACUGAAAAUAAAAAUCAAUUUAUAGAAAA